AAACAUAAUAAAAAAAUCCACAUUCUUUUAUUAUACGCCACAACUAUCUAAUAAGGUAGCAUUUAGUUUGGACGCUGGACUGUUAUCAAAAAUGGUUGGCUGUAAAAGCAAACGCGAAGACCAAAAAACGAGGUUUUUAAUCAAGGCUUCUCUUCUUUACAAAGAUAUUUGCCCCGAACAGUCGCGCUUUCUCAUGAGAAGGCAUCAGAGCAACGCCGCUGCCCUCCCGGAAUCUGUGAUCUGCCACUUCUGUUUCCAGUGGCGACAACUGGGAAAUCAUCACGUGCGUGUGCGGCCCAAGCGGAAGCCCACGGCGAGGAUCAGGAAACUUCUGAAGAGGGAUUCGGCAGGAAAGAGACUCAGCGCAGAACAGACUGUAGUCCUCCGGAAGUUUAAAAGGGCCUCCAAUGCUCUGAUGGCAACGUGUUACACCUGUAACAAGAUGUCCAGACAACCUGGAAUGAACCGUGAGCUUUUGGCUACUCUGUCACAGAACCGAAGUACCCCAGGAAGUGCAGGCAAACAAAGAACUCCACAGUCUGUCAACAGGGGCACUCCAAAAUCAGUAGUGGACAGAACACCAAGUGGCACACCAAGGUCAGUGUCUUCAAACACCAGCUCGUCAUCAAAGUCUUGCAGUGGAAAGUCGUCACCCUUCGCCCGCCUCAAAAAGAUCCUUAUGCUGGAAACCAAACAGCAGAGUAAGAAAGGUGGUCUGAAGGACUUCCUCUCAUCUCUCUGAAGACCUCGGCAUCUUUGUAAAUGAAAGACUCUGGCCCACUUUGAAAGGAGCUACUGAAGUUCAUGAUGAGGAUGAUAAUCACUUCUCCUCAAUGGCACCUAGUGGAGGAGUCAUUAUAGCCUGGUUUAUAUUGAAGGACUGGGUUAAACUGAACAAAACGUCUCAUUUCCUUCUAUUAAGAAUCUGUUUCUGGAUCCUUCUGGACAAGUGGCAUAAACAUUU